UUGCAGGAACAAUGGAAGCAUACAUGGAGGAAGUACCAGAACUGAAAUCAAGAGGAGUGUCGUUUAAAAAUCAGCAUAAAUUACCUAAUACAAAUGGGAAGUGGGACAACAGAUGUUUGAGUAGAGCUUUGAAGAACUCAACUGUGGAGAGCAAGCCAUUUCCUUCAAUUUAUAACCAGUCCCCGGAUGCUUCAAAGAUCCCCGCUCAUGCCAUGGAGUUCUUGUGUCGAUCAUGGACCUCGUCCGCCUCCGACUUUCAGCAGAUAUUUUCAUCAAGCAACUUGGUCUUGCCCUUGAAUGCCUGUGGUAGGAUAGAGGAGCAUGAAGAAGGGAAUGCAGAAGAGGAAACAUUGGAGAAGCAAGUCAGGAAAAGCGGAUAUAUAACCAACAAGAUGGACAACACAUGGAUGGACUUCAAUCACAUGAAGGGGUCGCUGAAACUUAAACCACUAACGCAAAUCUUUAGAUCGCGUAGCAAGAAGAAGAAAGAGGAGUUUCGACUCCACACAGCAAAACUACACGCAGCCCUUUCUCUCACGCAGUUGGCUGCAGCAAUAGCAGGCUUUGCCACCAGUGGCACCAGCACAGAAGCGCAACAAGAUCACAUCGAACAUAUUACUAGCAGCAGAGCUAGUACGUUAGCAUUGUGGGAUCAAGACGCUGGUGUUGUAGUUGCCUCGGCUGCAGCUUUACUAACCACAGUAUGCGCAGAGGCAGCAGAAUCUCUGGGCGCAAAGCGUGCCCAUGUUGCCUCUGCUGUGAAAUCUGGCCUGGCUACUCAAACUCCUGUUGACAUGGUCACACUAACUGCCACAGCUGCAACAUGUCUAAAAGGAGCUGCAACCCUCAAAUCACGGGCUAAGGCAGGGACAGACUUGCCAAGGAACCAAGAGCUACUCAGAGUUGGUGCUCAAAUAUCAAUUGUCAUGCCUUCUGGUGAGAAAGGAUGCAAAUGGGUGACAAUCUAUCUAAAGCGAAGACAGCUCACAUUGAGCUUCAGAAAGAAAUACUUGGGAGGAUUCCUAACAGCUACCAAAGAGUAUAUGAUUAUAAAUGUUAUUGAGGAAAGCAAGGACAUUAAAGGCAUCUACUCUCUCAUCCUGAAGACUAACAAAGGCAUUGCGAAGCUGCUCUUUGAAGAUGAGAAGCAGUCUAGCAUCUGGGUAUCAACCAUUUCCAAUCUCUUACAGAUGCACAACUCUUGCUGAUAAUUGUCUAGUCACAGUUGUUGCAACUCUAAUAUUUGUUCAUAGGUUUCUCCCACUUCUUGUUACAUAAAGUUCACGUCAGUUGUACAAUUGUAUAGCUAAAGUAUCUGAAACAUUCCUUCGUGGAUGUUGGUGGAAGUUGAAUGCACUGGACUCUUCAAUAAAAUCACUAUAACAAAAAAAAGUUUUUACGGCGUCAAA